UUUCUGUGAGAUCCAUGCACGCGCCUCUGCCUCCCUCCCUCCCUCAUCAGCAUCAGCAUCAUCAGAUGCGCGCAGAUCACGCCAAACAGCGCACUGGUUUAUCAGCAGGUGUGUGACUGAAACUGAAGAUAAUCGACACCAAUACAUCGCCACCUAUGUGUACUCUUUAUAUCUGACUCAUUUCUUUGGAUCACCGAUUGGACUGUUUUGAUGGUUUGAUUCCCAGCGGGCGUCAGCAGUCAGUGUGGCCGAAGAGGAGAGAGAAUAAAGCGAGAUCAUAUUUAAUAUCCUCUUCUCCAGUGUAUGUGGAUGGGCUGCGGACAUCUGCAUCUGCAGUCUCUGUUUUUGAGUCACUAAGAAGAUGGCGGACAGAGCAGAGAUGUUUUCUCUCUCCACCUUCCACUCCCUCUCUCCUCCGGGAUGCAGGCCGGCUCAUGACAUCAGUCUGGAGGAGUUUGAUGAUGAAGAUUUGUCUGAAAUCACAGAUGAUUGUGGCAUAGGACUGAACUACGACUCUGAUCCAUAUGAAAAGGACUGCUUAAUUUUGGAAAAGAAUGAUUUCCACCACCCAGUAUGCUCAUUCCAAGAUGACUUCCAAGAGUUUGAGAUGAUCGAUGAUGAAGAUGAAGAUGAUGAUGAAGAAGAAGAGGAAGCAGAUCCUGAUGCCCCUCCCUCACCAUCAGCAUCUCCUCCCCCCUCCCCUACUCUGGGCACCCUCAAGAGCCGCCCAACCACUCUAAACCUGACUGCACCAGUUUCACAGGACUCCCUGAACAACAACAGCAAUGUGUCACCACGAAAGUCAAGCUGGCAGGAUUCUCUUCGAAACACGACUUCACAGGGCUGUUUGUCUCCAAACCACUCUUGCCUUGAGGACGGUUCCCAUGUGACCACCUCAUGCCCAGGGGCUCCAGACACCACCAGCUCUGCCAAAGAUACACCCUCAAACCCACCAGGACAUUGUGGUCUCCAUCAGUCACCUGGCAGGCCGUUGCUGUAUGACUUUGAGGGCAACAGACGAGAGCGACCUGAAUACGGCUCCUUUGGUCAGCAUAACUUGUCAAGUGGCUCUGAGGCAACUGAGGUGAAACCUGAUGUUGAAGAAUCCACUCUCAGUGAGCUUCUCCCCUCGGUUGAUGACUGCACUUCUCAGUGCUCUGACACUGAGGUUGACCACGACCUGAAUGGCCAUGCCAAACGUCGACCUUGCCGCUCUCGGCACACCAAUGACACUUACACCGUGACAACGGAGACUGCUGACGACCCAGAGCUUGAAAACGAUGGCACCAGUAGGUGUCUGUCCUCAACUGCACCUCUUGGUAAUGAUGCUGAGACUCCACUAUCGGACGAAGAGCUGGACAAAGAUUUUGCCAUUGACUUCAUUAGUAAGGAUACCUAUGAUCCAACUUGCAAGGAAGCUGGGGACUCUUCUUACGUUGAGUUCCCCUGCAUUGAACCAACUGAAUCUAUUUCUGUCUCCAGCUAUGUGUCAUCCAGUCGAUCAGACAUACUUGAUGCUAUGGAUGAACCUCGAAACAUGCAUCAGGGCCAACCUGCUGCUGCAAAUGACACAACUUCUCCUUCUUCUGAUCCAGGUAUUGCUGAUAUGAAUGCCAAACGCUACACAGAGUCAGACCGCCACAGCGAUGACCUAAGCUCUCCUGGUUCGGACUCUGAUAUUGAAGGGGAACUUGAGGCUGCAUUUGCGUGUGGUCCACUUGCUAGUAACAUGAUUUCCUCCAUCUCAGAGACAGAGCUGGACCUAACAAGUGAAUCCAGCAGCGGGCGCUCCUCGCACCUCACCAAUUCCAUUGAAGAAGCCAGCUCCCCAACUUCAGACCAAGAACUGGACCACGAGCUGGACACAGAGCAUGACAGCGGUAUUGUGGGUCUAAAAGCAUCUCUUCUUCUGGGCCAGCCUGACCCAAUUAAACAAGACUCUUCACCAGGCCUUGAUCCCAGCCCAGACAUGUUGCAACUAGAUGACGGCCAAGCUCUGAUGGGUCUGCAGAACGUAGAUGACGAACAGGGUUAUGAGCACCAGGCUGAUCCUGAUGAGACUCUUCCCCCUGCCGUACCCUGUGAGGAUAGCAGCUCUCAGCAGUUGUUGUUGAAGAUUGAGCCCGACCACAGUCUUGAAAGCUUCAAACGCUCCUUCUACUUGCCUGUUGGCCCCAAACUCAUGCCCUCUGUGGACGACUACGAUGGUAACAGUGAGGGAGAGUCCGAGUCAGAGUCCGAGGACGAGCUCAGUGAAAACUCUGAUUCUCCUUGGCUUCUAAGCAAUCUGGUCAACAGGAUGAUUUCAGAAGGGUCCUACCCAAUCAGCUGUCCAGAGGAGUGCUUCAAACGCUCAGCCUCCAUCUCCGACACCAUCUCGCCUUCGUCGGACCUAGAAACAGAUGCUUUCAAUGACACAGAUGGCUGCAAUUUGCAGAAGCAGAAAUCUGAAGAAAAGUCACAAGAGGUGACCUCUGAAAAGUCAGAGAUGAGAGUGGAGGAAGAGAUGGAGAAAGAAGCCAGCUCUGUGUCUGAAGAGGGACAGAAGGAAAGCAAGAGAACAGACUCUUGUCUGUACAUGAGCAACCCUACAUAUGGCACCGUUACACCCGUCUUUACAGCAAGAUUCGAUACAAGGACAAAGAAUUAUGAAUCAGAAGACUUCCCAUCUCAAAACUCAUUGAAAAACAAGCAGAAAGAGGAAGAGGAGGAGCCAAAUAAUGACUUAAUGAUGGAGAGAAUGAAAGAGCUGGACUCUCCCAGCUUAAGCGAGAGCGUAAUCAGUGACAAGGACGAGGGACGGGAGACACGGGUCGAUCAGCUCACUAGUUUGCAGCGAAUCACAGAAGUCAAAAACAGCCUUACGCUGGACCUCCCAACAGCACAGACCAAUCACUGUUUCAGUCUUACGUACUCAACAGAUAAUGAUGAAGAUGAGCAAGAUACCUCCCCUUUUCUGGAUGAUCUUCACAAGGCACCUUCACCCUAUGGAACGGAGACUUACUUGGACAGCUCCCCACCUAUUGACGAAAGUGUACGAGAGUUGAGGAAUGCAACCUCCGACCGGCCCGUUGAUGACUCCUUGGCAUAUGAUUCGAUGAAGUACACCCUAGUGGUGGAUGAAAACACAACGCUUGAGCUGGUGAGUCUGAAGCGCUGUACCUCUGUUCUUAGUGAGGACAGUGAUGGACUCUCUACAAUCUGUGAUGAAGAAGGGGUUGAUGAAGAUGAAGACAUUUACGGGCAGAGCCAGAUGGUAGGAGGCAUGAGACCUAAUUUGCUGUUAAGUUCCUCUGAAGAAGACUCCUCCCCUGAGGCGGAUUUGCCUUUCUCAAAGAAGUUCCUCAAUGUAUUUGUCAACAGCACGUCACGGUCCUCCAGCACAGAGUCUUUUGGGCUUUUCUCGUGCACUAUAAAUGGAGAAGAAAGAGAUCAGACUCACAGAGCAGUCUUCAGGUUCAUCCCACGACAUGCAGAUGAGCUGGAGUUAGAUGUUGAUGAUCCAUUAUUCGUUGAGGAAGAGGAGGAUGAUUAUUGGUACCGUGGGUAUAAUAUGCGCACAGGGGCCAGGGGGAUUUUCCCAGCGUACUACGCCCACGAAGUUGUUGGCCAAACAAAAGACCUGAUGACACUUGGUGAGUCAGCAUAUGUGAGUCUGUAUGUGUGUGUUUCCAUAGCAAUGAAGAGGAACCCUGCUUGGAUGGAAAGCUUCCGAGUGCAAUUCCUGGGUUCGGUGGAGGUUCCUUAUCACCAAGGCAACGGCAUCCUGUGUGCUGCCAUGCAAAAGAUCGCUAUGGCAAGGAAGAGGACAGUGCAUCUUCAUCCCCCGUCUAUUUGUGAGCUAGAAAUAAGCUUGCAGGGUGUGAAACUAGUCAUGAGUUUGGAUGAUGAGUACGACUUUUCAGGGGAGUUUGACAGAUGUAGUCACUUCUUCCAAAUGAAAAACAUCUCCUUCUGUGGAUGUCAUCCUAAAAACAACUGUUAUUUUGGUUUUAUCACCAAGCACCCGAUGCUGAACAGGUUUGCAUGUCACGUCUUCGUCUCUCAGGACUCCAUGAGACAUGUAGCCGAGUGUGUGGGACGGGCAUUCCAUGAGUACUACCAGGAGCACUUAGAAUAUGCCUGUCCUACCGAAGACAUCUACCUUGAGUAGAGGAGGAAAAGGGUAACCAUGGCAACUGCUGUCCCUUACGACAGAUGUCUGUUCCUGGGCUUGGCCACUACGAGGCGCCUGGCAGCCUUCUCAAAUGUAACAUAGGCCUCAUCUCUUUAUUCUCUUCCUCAGUUUCUCUUGUUCUCUCGACAUGAACUGAGCUGAAUACUCUACAUAGGCUCUUAGUGGUCUGUCUGUUUAUUUAAAUGUUUAUCGAUUAAUUUAUUCUCUUCAUUGAGAUGGAUUGCCUGUUUAUUUGACUUUUCUACUAUAUAAUUAGGGACAUGGUUUGGGGUGGAUACAUUGGUUCAAUUUCUUUUUUUAUAUAUAUAGUCCUGGUUUAGAAAAGGCAAAAUAUGACUUCACAUGUUUGAAUGCAUGGCUUUGAGGGUUAUGCUCACAAACACACAUACACACAGGAGAAAUCUAACAAUGUCUAAAAUCGAAAGGCAAUGAAAGGUUGAGUCUGAAGACCAGGAUUGUUUGUAUAUAUGUAUUUGUCCGAUUCUGAUACAUUGCUGUACUGGGUUUGUACUAAAAAGAACAGGGCAGUAGGACGUGACCUGGAAACGUUGAUAGGUCUACAGAUUGUCUGUUCCAAUGUAGUAGAAAGUUUAAUGUACGUUUCUGAUAUUACCGCAAUGUAAAUACUGUACAAUUAGGGACGAUUGUAGGUGAAUACAGAUGCUUCAUUACAUCACGGUAUGCAAGUAUCCUGCACCAUCUGUCUGCGAAUGACAAAGUGGGACGGAUUGCAGGUAGGCAGGCUGGGUGAUGGAUCUAAAGAUGGUUUGGUGAAUGUUAUGAAGUCAACAUAUUUGACCCCAAAAUCACAAUAACUAAUUAAGAAAUUUUAUUUUGCUUAAAGAAAAUUAAGCCAUUAUGAUUUUUGCCAUUGUGACAUUAUUUUCAUCACAAUUUCACACCUACAGUUAGUGUAAUGCAUCCAGAUGUUUAUCAUUUUAUUAUUUUCACGGCCAUUUUGGCAUUAUUUUCAUCACAAAUUUAACACCUACAAUUACUUUAAUGCAUCCAGAUGUUUUAGUGUUGAGUUUGUGUAUAAUUUUCAUUAUUUUCACUGCAAUUUUGGCAUUAUUUUCAUCCCAAUUUAACACCUACCAUUACUGUAAUCCAUCCAGAUGUUGUAGUGUUGAGUUUGUUUAUAUUUUUAGUUAUUUUCAUUGCCAUUUUCCCAUCGUUUUCUUCAUAAUUGAUCACCCACAAUUACAGUAAUGUAUCCAGAUGUUUUAGUUUUAAGUUUAUUUUUAGUUUUUCAUUUUUAGUCAUUGAUGAUUCUUACUAACACAGUUAUAAAAAUCAUCCCAUCAAUAUUUGUAAUUAAAAUCAGCAUGCAAUUAAGGCUGUGCUACAAAUAAUACCAUAAUGUAUAAAUAAUUUACAAUGAUUAUAUCAUUAAUAUGUUUAAUAAUAUAAUCAAAAUAUUAGUUAAUAUAUUAUUAAUUAAUAUAUCUAUUAAUAUAUCAUAAUUUUCUUUUUUUGCUUUACAGUAAUGGAGGGUGUGGUAAGGGAAUGUGAUAGUUGUCAUGAAACAAUAAUAAAUUUACUCAUUUUCUUAAAGGUGCAAAGUGUACAUUUUAGGAGGAUCUAUUGACAGAAAUGCAAUAUAAUAUACAUAACUAUGAUUUCAGUGGUGUAUACAGACCUUACAUAAUGAACCGUUCUGUUUUUAUUACCUUAGAAUGAGCCAUUUCUAUAUACAUACACCACGGGUCCCCUUACAUGUGAAGCAUUUUGAACCAGCAUGUUUCCCUCUCUAGAGAGUGCGUUUGCUUGACUGGCUACUCUCUGCUGUCUCAGACGACGACAUCUUUGUCCUGUGUUGGCCAUCGUAGCUUCUCUAUAUUGCAAUUCGCAACCUCAUCACUAGAUGCUGCUAAAAUGUACACACUGCACGUUUAAUUCAGAGUAAAAAAAAAUAACAGUAUAUACAAAUUAUUAUUAUUAUUUCAUUUAAUUUUGGGGUGAAAUAUGACUCAGAUAUGUUUGACCGACUUUGUGCGAUUCACCCAGUUGGCUAUGCUACAGUCCUUUGGGCAUUCAGUCAAAUGAUAUCUCUCCAGCUUUCAAACCUGACAGCCCCUCUGCUUACCACUGUCUGUUGUCUUGUAUGAUUGUCAGGUUGGGCUGACGCUUUUAGCUUUUAAGCCUGAUACUAUGCUUUAAACAUUAGCAGGUAGAUAUUUCAGUGAGAUGCAAUGCUUAUUGACACUGAGCAAAAUGAGUAAAAAAGACUGUCCCAGUUCAUUAGGUAACACAUUGAAUUCAGAAAUAUUUUAUCCAAUCAGCUUGACCAGAUAAUUUACAGCUCAGGACAAAUAUUGCUUCAUCUUAGGGUACGUUUACAUGACAACGAUAUGCUUAAAGGUGCCAACGAACUUUUUUUUUUUUACAAGAUGUAAUAUAAGUCUAAGGUGUUCCCUGAAUGUGUCUGUGAAGUUUCAGCUCAAAAUACCCC